AUGCGGACCCCGCGAGUGCCCCCUCCCCGCCUGGCCCUGCUGCUCCUGGUGCUGCUCCUGGGGGGCGCCCACGGGCUCUUCCCCGAGGAGCCGCCGCCGCUCAGCGUGGCCCCCAGGGACUACCUGAGCCACUACCCUGUGUUCGUGGGCAGCGGGCCAGGCCGCCCGGCCCCCACCGAGGGCGCCGAGGACCUCAACAUCCAGCGGGUCCUGCGGGUCAACAGGACGCUGUUCAUCGGGGACAGGGACAGCCUGUACCGGGUAGAGCUGGAGCCCCCCGCCUCCACGGAGCUCCGGUACCAGAGGAAGCUGACCUGGCGCUCCAACCCCAGCGACAUCAACGUGUGUCGGAUGAAGGGCAAGCAGGAGGCCGAGUGCCGGAACUUUGUGAAGGUGUUGCUGCUCCGGGACGAGGCCACGCUUUUCGUGUGCGGCUCCAACGCCUUCAACCCCCUGUGCGCCAACUACAGCACAGACACCUUGCAGCCCCUCGGGGACAACAUCAGCGGCAUGGCCCGCUGCCCCUACGACCCCAAGCAUGCCAACGUCGCCCUCUUCUCCGAAGGAAUGCUCUUCACGGCCACCGUCACCGACUUCCUGGCCAUCGACGCCGUCAUCUACCGCAGCCUGGGAGACCGGCCCACCCUGCGCACCGUGAAGCACGACUCCAAGUGGUUCAAAGAGCCCUACUUCCUGCACGCGGUGGAGUGGGGCAGCCACAUCUACUUCUUCUUCCGGGAGAUCGCCAUGGAGUUCAGCUACCUGGAGAAGGUGGUGGUGUCCCGCGUGGCCCGGGUGUGCAAGAACGACGCGGGGGGCUCGCCCCGCGUGCUGGAGAAGCAGUGGACGUCCUUCCUGAAGGCACGGCUCAACUGCUCCGUGCCUGGGGACUCACACUUCUACUUCAACGUGCUGCAGGCCGUCACGGGCGUGGUCAGCCUGGGCGGCCGGCCCGCGGUCCUGGCCAUCUUCUCCACCCCCAGCAACAGCAUCCCCGGCUCUGCCGUCUGCGCCUUUGACAUGACCCAGGUGGCCGCCGUGUUUGAAGGCCGCUUUCGAGAGCAGAAGUCUCCCGAGUCCGUCUGGACGCCGGUGCCGGAGGACCAGGUGCCCCGGCCCCGGCCUGGGUGCUGUGCGGCUCCCGGCAUGCAGUACAACACCUCCAGCGCCUUCCCGGAUGAGAUCCUCAACUUCGUCAAGACCCACCCGCUGAUGGACGAGGCGGUGCCCUCGCUGGGCCACGCGCCCUGGAUAGUGCGGACUCUGACUCGGCACCAGCUGACCCGCGUGGCUGUGGACGUGGGCGCCGGCCCCUGGGGCAACCAGACUGUGGUCUUUCUGGGCUCCGAGGCGGGCACCGUCCUCAAGUUCCUGGUCUGGCCCAACGCCAGCGCCUCAGGCACCUCCGGGCCCAGUGUCUUCCUCGAGGAGUUCGAGACCUACCGGCCAGACAGGUGUGGCCGGCCCGGUGGCGGUGAGACGGGGCAGCGGCUGCUGAGCCUGGAGCUGGACGUGGCCUCGGGAGGCCUGCUGGCGGCCUUCCCCCACUGCGUGGUCCGCGUGCCCGUGGCCCGCUGCCAGCAGCACUCAGGGUGCAUGAAGAACUGCAUCGGCAGCCAGGACCCCUACUGCGGGUGGGCCCCUGACGGCUCCUGCAUCUUCCUCAGCCCUGGCACCAGGGCCACCUUUGAGCAGGACGUGUCCGGGGCUAGCACCUCCAGCUUAGGGGACUGCACAGGCCUCCUGCGGGCCAGCCUGGCGGAGGAGCGCGCCGGGCUGGUGUCGGUGAACCUGCUGGUGACGUCCUCGGUGGCGGCCUUCGUGGUGGGCGCCGUGGUGUCGGGCUUCAGCGUGGGCUGGUACGUGGGCCUCCGCGAGCGGCGCGCGCUGGCCCGGCGCCGGGACAAGGAGGCCAUGCUGGCGCCCGGCGGCGCGGUGCUGAGCGUGAGCCGCCUGGGCGAGCGGCGCGCGGGGGCCGCGGGGGCCCGGGGCGGCGGCGGGGGGCCCCCGGAGGCGCUGCUGGCGCCCCUGAUGCAGAACGGCUGGGCCAAGGCCACGCUGCUGCAGGGCGGCCCGCACGACCUGGACUCGGGGCUGCUGCCCACGCCCGAGCAGACGCCGCUGCCGCAGAAGCGCCUGCCCGCCCCGCUCCCGCUCCCGCACCCGCACCCGCACCCGCACCCCGGCCCGCGCGCCUGGGAGCACGGCCCCCCGCUGCUGCCCGCCGCCCCCGCCGCCUCGCUGCUGCUGCUCGGCCCCGCCCGGCCCCCCGAGCAGCCCGGCCGCGCGCCCCACGCGGACUUCCCGCCCACGCCGCACGCCAGCCCGGACCGCCGGCGCGUGGUGUCGGCGCCCACCGGCCCCUCGGACCCGAACGCGGCCUGCGACAGCCUCCCGCGGCGCUGGAGCCCGCCGCCCACCGGCAGCCUCCGCCGGCCCGGCGCCCCCGGCCCCGCGGCCGCCGCGCUGCGCCGCACGCACACCUUCAACAGCGGCGAGGCGCGGGGGGACCGGCCCCGCGGCCGCCACGCGCGGCCCGGCGCGGACCUGGCCCACCUGCUCUCCUUCGGGGGCACCGACAGGACUGCGCCCCCCGUGCCCUAG